CAACUUGUGGUGACUCUUGUUCUUGCACAACUUUCUCCUCUCCACAUUGCAGCUGAGCUGAGAACAGUUUGAGUGAUGGAUCCUCAAGAUUACCCGACUGAAGCCGUGCCAUUGCAGGGCGUGAGUUAUGAUGAACUCCCUAUUCAGCCUACAGUGAUCCAGCAGACUGCUGUGAACAUCAACACAGAUCAACCAGUCAUCAUUGAGUACCCGCAAGACCAUAUCAUGUGGUCAAUCUGCUGCUUUGUCUCACGCAAAUCCUUUUGCCUUGGACUUGUAGCUCUCCUUUAUUCCAUCAAGGCCAGAGACAGGAAGGUGGUUGGAGAUGUGGAUGGUGCACGAAGUUAUGGCUCCACUGCUCGCUGUCUCAACAUUAUCGCCACAAUCAUAGUUGCCACUGGGUUCUUGGCUUUCAUAAUUGGGAUGGCUGUUCUCACUACUUUUAUACUUUCCCCUCGCCGUUAAGGGUACAACCAUCAUUAAUUGCUUUGUAAGUAAUUUAGUCUCCUCCUGCUGUGGUUAGGUCACAUUUGUUUUCCUGCUUAAAAUAAAUUCUGCAACCUUCUAUAACUUUUUAAUUGCAUCAUCUGAGGAAAAAAAAAGCCAUUUUACAAAAGUCUUAAAUGGAAGUCUUCUCCAUUUCUUUACUGACAAGUUUUGUUUUCAGACUUUGUUAGUUGAUGCAGAAAUCCUGUUAACAAAUCGUUAAGAAUUAAAAAGCUUCACAUUUCAAUAAA